CAAUCAAUCCCUGUCUUCGAAAACAAGAAAACAGCUUUCUCUCUCUCUCUCACACGCACGCAAUACACUUCCUUUUCUUUCUUCAUCUCAUCUAUAAAAUGGAGUAACCAAUGACACUGUAGUUGACACCAUUUCUCUGAUUUCGACACAAAGUAUCAAUUCUUUUCUGUUUUCUUAGCUUCUUCUUCUGGCUUUGAUAUCAAGUUUGAAGGAGUUCAAUACUUUGCCGUGUUACUCGGUUCCUUGUAAUUUGUGCUACCAUGUCAAUAUUGCCUAAACUACGCUGUGUCACUGUAGAUGUUACCGGCACCCUAAUGGCUUACAAAGGGGAGCUUGGUGACUAUUAUUGCAUGGCAGCCAAAGCUGCCGGCCGUCCAUGCCCAGACUACAAACGAAUGCACGAGGGAUUUAAGUAUGCAUAUAAGGACAUGGCAAAGAACUAUCCAUGUUUUGGGUUUGCAGCCAAAAUGCCUAACAUUGUGUGGUGGAAAACCUGUGUGCAAAAUUCUUUUGUCAGGGCUGGAUAUGAAUAUGAUGAAGAGACAUUUGAAAAGAUUUUCAGACGUAUCUAUGCAUCCUUUGGUUCAUCUGCGCCAUAUACUGUCUUUCCAGAUUCCAAACCGUUUCUUAGAUGGCUUCGUGGAAAGGGUCUCAAAGUUGGCAUUGUGAGCAAUGCUGAGUAUCGAUAUCGAGAUGUGAUUCUUCCUGCUUUAGGUUUAAAUCAGGGAUCUGAGUGGGACUUUGGCGUGUUUUCUGGCCUUGAAGGCGUUGAGAAGCCAGACCCAAGAAUUUAUGAGAUUGCACUUGAAAGGGCUGGAAACAUUGCACCUGAAGAAACUUUACAUAUCGGCGAUAGCAUGCGCAAAGACUAUGAGCCAGCUAAGAGCAUAGGAAUGCAUGCACUACUGUUAGAUAGAUUUAAGACACCAGAAGCUGUAGAGUGGAGGAAAUCCGGUGCAGUUGUUCUUCCUGACUUAACGACAACACAAGAAUGGCUGUCUUCGGAGAAGUCAACUUGCUAGAGGCCCGAUCUUUGCCAUAGUAGUCUAUUUAUGUAUCAUUUUGCUCAUCUAAUGACAUACAUGUGUUCUAUACCAUUCCGGCAAGUAUCAUAACUGAGCCAUGCUUGAGGAUAUAUGUUGGCAGGAGUGUGAUCUUCUGAUGUAGCUCUACCAUAACUUUGGAAUACAAUUGUUAUAUUCAAAUGUUA